AUGGUACUUAAACCUAUUCGAAAAGUUGAAAAUUUAAAAGGGAGUCGUAUUUGAGAUAUGCCAAUAAGCUUUUUAAGGUGCAAAGCGUUUGAGAGCUUAGCUCAAGAAUACUUAAAGGUGUAUUUUAAAGAUAUUAAAAGUUAUGCAUUAGUAAGAUCAUUAGCUCGAAUGCAUGAUGUGCUGUCAAGAGAAAAACUUGAAGCAAUAUGAGAUGUUUUACUGAAUGAAGCCAAAAAAAUCAACCCCAGCUUCAAAAAUCCAAAAAUACCUUAUCAAAGCAAGCAUGUGUCUGGUUUAGCAAAUAUGAAUGAUGCUAUCCUUAGCUCCGGAAUCUCAUUCCAGCAAUAUUUCUUUAUUAAAUAA